AUGCAUAUCACGAUGGACCUUCACGCCCCACAGAUCCAAGGCUUCUUCGACAUUCCUGUCGACAAUCUUUACGCCGAGCCAGCAGUCCUUAAGUGGAUCAAGGAAAACAUUCCAGAACGGAGGAAUAUCAUCAUCGUCUCCCAUGUUGCCGGUGGUGCUAAAAGAGUGACAUCCAUCGCAGACAGGCUAAAUGUAGAAUUUGCCCUGAUCCACAAGGAAAGGAACAAGGCAAACGAAGUGGCUUCAAUGGUCCUUGUAGAAGAUGUGAAAGACGGGGUUGCUAUACUUGUUGAUGACACGACUGACACGUGCGGCACAAACUGUCAUGCUGCUGAAAAGUUGAUGGCCGCCGGAGCCACUAAAGUGUAAGCUAUACUCAGUCACGGAAUAUUCUCCGGACCUGCUAUAUCAAGAAUAAACACUUCCCGCUUCGAAGCAGACGUGGUUACAAUCACAAUACCACAGGAGGAACAUAUGAAUGAUUGUCCUAAACUUAGGUGUAUUGACGCUUCAAUGAUAUUUGCGGAAACCACCCGACGUACACACAACGGAGAAUCUGUAUCACUGAGAGAAGAACUUUUUUAG